UGUGUGUGUGUGUGUGUGUGAGAAAUAGAAUAAUUUAACUGAAAAAUAAAUAUAAUAAAUUAUUUAUAUACAUAGAAAGAGUCACGCCGAAUUUGACAUGAUUAGAAUAUCACGAUUAUCACAAACUUGUAAAAAAUGUAUUAAUAUCUUUCAAACAGUGGAUACAAAAGUCAAACAAUGUAAAAAGCUAAUCUUAGUUAAAAGAUUAUGCUCAACAAAUUAUCUGAGCGAAGAAAAAUCAGACUUGUACCGUCAGUUGCGUACAAAAAUAUUGGCGUGUGGUCCCAUAACACUUGCAGAAUAUAUGAAUGAAAUCUUGAUCCAUCCUAUCUCAGGUUAUUACAUGACUAGAGAUGUUUUCGGGCAAAGAGGUGACUUCACGACUUCUCCAGAAAUCAGUCAACUUUUUGGAGAAAUUGUAGCAAUCUGGAUAAUUAGCGAAUGGGAAAAAAUUAGCAAAGAAUCUAUUCAACUUGUAGAGUUGGGUCCAGGAAGAGGCACUUUAAUGAAUGAUAUCUUACGGGUAUGCAAAAAACUAAAUCUUUUGGAUAAAAUAUCGAUUCAUUUAGUCGAAAUUAGUCCUGCUUUAUCUAAAAUUCAAGCAGAAAAAUUGUGCACAGAGAGCAAAGAGAGUGAACCGAGAAUUAAUGAAAAUCAGAAAAAUUCCAUCACAUAUUAUAGAGAAGGUAUUACGGAAAAUGAAGUAAAGAUAUAUUGGUAUUAUUCUAUCAUUGAUAUUCCUAAAAAAUUCAGUAUAUUUGUUGCACAAGAAUUUUUUGAUGCUCUGCCAAUACACAAGUUUCAGAAAACUGACAAAGGUUGGAGGGAAGUCUUAGUUGAUAUAGUGCGUGAAACAAACGAACAAAGGUUUCAAUAUGUUCUUUCGCGGAUGCCAACAGCUGCUUGUAAAGUAUAUUUAUCCCCAUAUGAGAAAAGGGAUCAUGUAGAAAUAAGUCCACAAUGUUCCAUAAUAACAGACUAUAUGUCCCAAUUUCUGUGGGAAUGCGGAGGAUUUGCUCUAGUGAUCGAUUACGGCCACGAGAAAGAAAAAACUGAUACUUUUCGCGCAUUCUGUCAACAUAAGUUACACGACCCCUUGUUGAAUCCUGGAACUGCUGAUCUAACCGCUGAUGUUGAUUUUUCAUCUAUGAAAGAGAUUGCGCAAAAAGACGACAGAUUAAUCGUAUUCGGCCCAGUGACACAAAGAAAAUUUCUGAAGAGUCUCGGCAUCGAUCUGCGAUUGAAAAUAAUUUUACAAAAUGCUACCAGCAUUCAGAAACGACAAAUUGAAUCGGGAUAUCAUAUGAUAACCGACGAAGAUAAAAUGGGAAAUUGUUUCAAAGUAUUAUCCUUCUUUCCUUUUGUCUUGAAGGACCAUUUGAAAAAAUGGCCGGUAGCAGGAUUCGAGAAUGAGAGUGAAGCCAAAUCUUGAAGUAUUUUCAAGCAAAUAUAAUGACACUUAUAUUUAUAUUUUUACUAUUCAAAUAUUAAUAUAAAGUAUUGACAUAUAUGUAAAGUACA